CGUGCAGUGCGCCCGCCCGGGACUCCCAGGAGUUUGUGGAAGGGGCUGCCCGGAAGGCGGAAGUGCGUAGACUUCCGGUCAGCGUGAAUCUCAGUGAGGCAUCUGAGUUUCCCGGUGAGUUCUCUGAUUUCCCGGUCAAGUGGGGAAUGGAACUUGGCGCUCGUUCCCGCCGUGGGUAGAGAAUCUUGUUUCAAGCCCGAUCCUUCUCUGGCUUUUCAGGUAAAAUAUGGCUAAAAGCUUACGGAGUAAGUGGAAACGGAAGAUGCGUGCAGAAAAGAGAAAAAAGAAUGCCCCGAAGGAACUCAGCAGACUUAAAAGUAUUCUUAAAGUAGAUAGUGAUGUUUUAAUGAAAGAUGUUCAAGAGAUAGCAACUGUGGUGGUACCCAAACACUGUCAAGAGAAAACUCAAUGUGUGGUACAAGAUGAAAAAGAUGACGUGAAAAUGGAGACUGAAAUUAAGAGAAACAAGAAGAGUCUUCUAGAUCAGCAUGGACAGUACCCCAUAUGGAUGAACCAGAGACAGAGGAAAAGGCUGAAGGCAAAGCGAGAAAAAGGGAAGGGGAAAAGCAAAGUAAAGGCAGCAAAGGGUCUGGCCUGGUAGACUCUUAAAAACUUGAAAACUCCUACAUGGGACAGGCCUUUGGUUAGAAUGUGUACAUGGAUUUCAACUUCCACCAAAUGAAAACUUGGUUUCCAUAUUUCACUUGGCCUUGUUCUUCAAUUCAAACUCAACUUAACUCCUCAACUUUGUUUUGGGAACUUGAAUAAAAUCUUUGAUGAAUGAAA